AUGUUAAAUUUAUCUAAUUUAUGGUUUGCAUGGAGUAAAUAAAGCAAAUUAAAGGAUCGUUAUGAAAUAGAGGGAAGAAAAGUAAGUUUUUAAUUUUAUUAACUAAGUCACUAGGUCCUUCAAAAUAUGGUUUAGUGAUUAAAUAUCGAGAGAAAAAAAAAGAUGGUUAAAUUCGAACUGUUCGAGUGGUGCCAAAAACUAAAGUUAUCAAUCAAUCUAGAUUCAAAUAGGAGGUUAACUAAUUGCGAUACUUAGUAAAAUUAAAAUGAAUUUAGAAUCAUGAAAAUAUCACAAGAUUAAUUGAAUUAUUUGAAGAUGAUAAGAACCUUUAUUUUGUUUUAGAGUAAAUACUCCAAAUAACAUAGAUAUUGUGAUGGAGGAUCAUUAUUUGAAAAGAUUUUAUUGAGAUAUCAUCUUAAACAAAGUGAGGCUAGAUAUCUAUUUUAAUAAAUCAUAAAUUGUCUUAAUAUUGCACAUAGAUCCGCUAUAUGUUAGAGAGAUUUGAGGGUAUUUAAAAAAGUUUAUUUGCUAGCCUGAAUCAUUCCAUUUCAUUAAUAAAGAUAUUAAUAAUCUAGAUAUAAAACUAAUUGAUCUUGGAUUCUAACUCAUAUACGUCGAUGAUUAUAUUAAGAAAUCUAAUAAUCAAAUAAUUGAUACUUCUCGAUAAGGAAAAGUAUAUAACCUUAUCAAUAAUUUAAUAGUUAUAUUUUACUGCUCCAGAAAUAUUUAAUGGAAAAUUAACAGAAAAGAGUGAAAUAUGGGCAUCUGGUGUAAUAUUGCACGUGUUACUUACAGGCGAAUUACCUUUUGAUGGAAAAGACGAAAAUGAAAUUUAUUAGAAUAUUUAGGAUAAUACAAUUCAAUUAAAAACAAAAGGGAUUGUUUCUGAUCUCAUUGAAAAGAUAUUACAACCACAAGAAAAUCGAUUCUAAAUAUUUUAGAUUUAAAAACAUAAAUGGAUGACCUAGUAAAUUUCAGAAGAGGAAGAAAUUUUGGAUAUCAACUUUUCCAAAUUAAAAUCACUUACUUAAAGCAAUUUUCUUUAGAAAGUAACAAAUAUUUAACUUUAGAUAAUGAGAGGGUAUGUUGCUGAUUAAGUCAAACAAGGAUUUGCAGAAAAUUUAAGAAUCGUUUUUGAUCAAUUAGAUAUUACAGGUAGUGGAUUCAUCAAAAUUGAUUCAAUUCAAAAAUCCCUUGAAAAACAUCAAGAAUUUGAAGAAAUUCUUAAAUUACUAAAAUAUGUUUAAACCGAAGAUGGAACCAUAAAUUAUUUAGGUACAUCUAUUGAUAUUUCUAAUUAGAUUUUAUGAAUUAGAUAUUAGAAAAAAGAGUUUUUGUAGAUGAGGAAAGGAUAUAUAAAACCUUUAAAAUGUUUGAUUUGAAUAACAAAGGAAAAAUUUCUAAUGAAAACCUUUGGGAAAUAUUAUCUAAACUAGAGAAUUAUAAAUACAUCACCAAAGAAUAUUGUUCGUUAUUAAUUAGCGAAGUUGAUCGAGAUCAAGAUGGAGAAAUUGAAUAUUUAGAAUUUAUUGAUAUGUUUUUUAAAAGGGUUUGAUU